GGAGUAUUUCCUUUCCCUUUUGAUUGAUUGAUGAAAUUGAAAUACAGGAGAGGAGAGGAGAGGAGGAAGAGAAGAAAGCAACUGGAGGAGCUCCCGCCAUAUCCCUUCCUGAUUCCCCUCCCCUGAUUCAGCCAGGGGAGGGAUGGGAGCCUGCUCACUGACGUUAUGGUCCUACCUUGUGUCGGGACCAUCGGUCAUUGACGAAACAAAGCUCCAACCUACCCCCUCCCCUCUGCCUCCUCCUCCUCCUCAAUCAUUAGCCCUCUUCCUCCCCACCUCCUCUUCCUCUUCCUCCAGCAGCAGCAGCAGCAGCAGCAGCAGUCACCACCACCGCCACUCCGUCCCCAAUUCCAGUCCCACCAGCAGUUUUAACAGCAGAUUUCAAGUCUGUCCCACUGACCGACCCACACACAUCUUGUCAUGACGACCCGCCCCGACGGAGGCGCCGCCGCCGCGCCCGACAAGCAGCUACUCCCCGCCUCCAACGCCAACGCCAACGGGAAUGCCGUCCGCAAGUCCCCCUCCAAGGACCGCCACAGCAAGGUCGACGGCCGAGGCCGACGCAUCCGCAUGCCCGUCAUCUGCGCCGCCCGUGUCUUCCAGCUCACCCGCGAGCUCGGCCACAAGUCCGACGGCCAGACCAUCGAGUGGCUCCUCCGCCAGGCUGAACCCUCCAUCAUCGCCGCCACCGGCACGGGCACCAACCCUGCCUCCUUCUCCACCUCCUCCCCUUCCUCCCUCCGCUCCUCCUCCAACAUCGCCCAGCCGUUCGCUGCUUCCCCCACAGCCCACGUCCUCCCCCACGCCGCGCCCUUCAUCCUCGGCAAGCGCGUCCGCGGCGCCGAACACGAUCCCAACGCCGCCGAGGUCACCGCGGCGCCGGGCUUCUGGGCGCUGCCGGCGCGGGCCGACUUCGGCCAGCUCUGGAGCUUCGCGGCGGCGCCGGAGAUGAUGGUGGCCGGGGAGGCGUCCGCGGCCAGGGUCGGCAACUACCUCCCCAUGGCGCAGGGCAACCUCAACUUGCUCGCUUCCUUCUCCGGCGGGCCUGCUGGAGCCGGAGCGGCCGCCACCGCUGGAAGGGCCGAGGAGGAGAGCGCCCGCUGAGGGCCGGCCACCAUCAACUCCGGCGGUAGGGUUUUAGGUCUAGGGUUUCUUCCUUGGAUAUGCUUCGCUUCUGCAGUUCUGCGUGUGUGUGUGUGCAAGUGUCACUCAACUCUGGUCGAAGGUCGCCUUCCUUGCUUGUUUUGGUUUCUAGGCUUCCCGAAUUGGAAUUGGGUCUAAGCUCAGCAAGAACACCAGCAACAGCAAGAAUUACCCCUCACUUGAAUCAUAGCCACUGGUGUGCUCAAUUCAUCGCAAAAGGAAGAAAAAAGAAAGCUUGCUCCGUCCUUCCGAAUUCGGCGUAGAAGAUUCCUCUCGGUUGCACAAAUGGCUUCAAACAAAAAGUGAAGGCAGGCUGGCUGUAAGUUGUUCAUCUGCUGGCUGUCAUGUUUAGCACUAGUUCAGGGUUUCGUUUCUCUCGUCUUGUCUUGUCUGGAUUGGAUUACUGCUUGGGGAGAAUAAUAAGUACUAGUUAUUGAUUGUUGGUAGCUCAGCUCAUGUAGUCAUGUAUGUAUCUACGGAUUGUUUGAUGUGUUAAUUAUCCGUCUCGGUGAUGAAAUUAAUGGACAAAGAAUAAGGAGGGAAACAAGGUUAGAAUGAAUCCAUUCAUCUUUCUUCCU